ACUCUCUCCAGUCUUAUUCGCCUUCUACAACGCCGACCUAGUAGACCAACCAGUAGAUUUUACUAGAGGAGCAUCUACCUACAUUAAUAACUACUACCGAUGGCGGAUAAGCCGGUCUAUAAGCAAGAACCUUACAGCACUACAGAGAGAAGAUAUCCCAAGAAUACAACGCUGAGCAGAAAAGACCAGAUCAAGCUUUAAAGCUAAUAAGAUAGAGC